AUGCCCCUGUACUCGGAGCCGCCGCCGCUGCGCACCUUCAGUGAAGACAAGCCCACGCUUUUGGUGUGCUGGUGGAUCACCAUCUUCUGCGCCGUAAUCAUCUUGCUUCGAGUCGGCGGCCGCUUCGUGCGCACCGAAAGGCUGUUUACCGAAGACAAGGUGGCGGCCCUGGCUCUGAUCCCGCUGUUCCUCCGCAUGGGCUCUGUCCAUGUCAUCCUGGUCUACGGCACGAACAAUGCCCAGCUGGACGGUGCCGGCUUUUCGGACGACGAGCUCCACCGAAAGUCGGUCGCUAGCGGCCUGGUUCUCCUGAGCCGCAUCUUGUACGCAGCGACCCUAUGGGUUCUGAAAAACGCCAUUCUAGAGUUCUUCAGACGCCUCAAUGUGAGCUGGGAGCGGUCGUUCGAUGUGGCGCUGCUGUUCAUGCGCUGCAUUCUCGUCGCCACCUUUGUCGCAGUGGUGAUAAGCGAUUUGGCCGAGUGCCAACCCUUUUCCCACUACUGGCAGGUCCUCCCAGACCCCGGGGGCCAAUGCCGUCAGGGGUACGCGCAGCUCUUGACCAUGGCCACCUGCAACAUCAUUACCGACUUGCUUCUCGUCUUUUUCCCAAUACCCAUCAUCAUCAGCAGCCAGAUGAGCGCCAAGCGCAAGGUCCAGCUGGUGCUGCUCUUCUCUCUCAGUCUCGGAGUGGUUGCCGUCACCAUAUACCGCGUACCGCACAUCAUCUGGGACGGCGGAAGCCAGCAGAGCCGGUCUUUAUACGCCUCGAUAGAGCUGCUGUUCGCAACUGCGGCGGCGAACUCGCUGGUUCUGGGCUCGUUUGUUCGGGACAGGGGUGUCAAGAAGAAGAAGUUCAAGUACGAUUCUGUCGCCGCAGGUUCACUAGAGCGCUCUUCGGCCACCGAGUCCAGGCGGCCGACCAUGAACAAGCACUGGGGCAGCGAUGAAGACUUGGUCCGAGAUGUGGGCUACGGCGUCAAGCCCGACCUGCGAGAACCCCCGCCGUCGCCUUCCGACAUACGAUUCUACACGCCGGCCCCCAUGGCCAACGCACACGACGACAUGAACUUUUGGCAAUUCCCCGGGCCAAAGCGGGCCAGCGGCGCGCGGAGCGACGACGCCCUGAUGACCGCGGACCAGCUGACGUCAACAAGAAGCAACUCGGUCAUAUCGCCCCGGAAGGUCUCCUUCUUCGACCACGGCGGGCUCCUGGACGACCAAGGCGGCUCGAGUCGGCGCGCGAGUCUCAUGUCCGCCAACGACCCGGCGUCUGGCGGCAGCAGUGCGCUGUCGCCCACGGUACCAGCGAGCGCGAACGGGUUGCGGCGGGGCUCUACGGCUCUACUUCAGGAGCUCGGCGGUCUUCUGAGCCCGCUGACCUCCAAGUCUGCGCGGCCGAAACUAAAGAGCGACGCCGAUUCGCAGAGCAAGCUGAGCGAAGAACCGACGCCACCGCCACCACCAUCGCCUCCAGCGUAUCCGGCCCCUAAACCGGACCCAGUCCUCGCGGACGUGGGUGGGUUGCUCGGCAGCGACAAAGAGUGA